AAACAGCCAGCAUUUCACUCUAGACACAGCAUGAAUGGUCAAGAUAAUGCGAAAUUAAAUAUGCUUAAAUGCACCAAAGAUGCUGCGUUCUUGAACUUAAGCUUUAAAAGAGAUUUUAAGUAAACAUACCGAGGUUGACUGCCACGAGGUGGUGAUCAUUCCAUUAAGCUUAUUACUAUAUGAGUAUCGAAUCUUUAAACCUCAAAUCCCAGUGCGUUUUUGAAGAGGAGCACUAAGUAAAACUUAUUCCAUUAAAGUUCAAGGCCAUACAAAGACAGUUUCCUUACGAGUAUGGCACGCUUGUUUUUUGCUGUAAUCUUUUGCGUCUUUCUAAAUGCACAAGAAACAAGUUCCAAUAAGUGGACACCAACAAAUGAAACUCAUGUGAAGAGUCCAAGAUGGAAUCAAUUAUCAGUUACGUGGAUGAAACUGUUUCGGUUGCCCUUAACAACCAGUCAAGCUAAGAGCGGGAACUGGGUACAAGAUACACGAUGCGACAAUCAAAACUUCUUUCGUGGUAAUCGAUACACACUCAGAAAAGAUAAAUCCGUGAUGUUGUUGUUCGACGAUUCAAAUUCAAAGAUCGUUGGCAUCCAGGGAGAAAUACCAAAGAAGAAAGUCUUGCGCAAGUCGUUACCAUGGAUACAUGACCGAGGUCAUUACGUCAUCACUGCGUACUUCCGGGACCCAGUCUCAAUUUGUUCUAACAAUACUUCAAGUACCGGGAUUCUUGGGGAUCGUCUCUUAAUACAGAAUGACUCUUCUGCCUUUGAUUACGUCACUAUUCCUCUAAGAGAGCAAGGACUGAUGGGUACGAAGUGGGUCAAAGGCAAAUGCUUUUGGUCGAUGGGCCAGUUGUAUUGGUACAACAUCUCAUCCCGCAUGGCAUGUCGGGAUAUGUUCCCAGUGUUUCUGAUGUAUAAUAAUGGAGAACUGAAUGGGUUUGGAUGGAUCGUGUUGGACGACCUAGAUAUCACUACAUCAACUUCUUUUGUUAGAGCUACAAGCACAUCAUUUCAGGUAUUCUAUCACAGCAGCUCAUUUGAAUUAGCCAUUUCGAGAUUGGAAAACACUGGGCUUAGAUGGCAUCGCAGUGCAUUAUGGGUAAAUAUAUUUCCAAGAUGGCGUCUAUUUUGUCCCCUAAAACAGUCCACAAUGCCCUGCGAUACCAACUCGACCCAGGAUUUUCCUGAAACUCGGACGGCUAAUUAUAUUGAUAUUAUAUUUUGAUUUAUAUUUGAAUAUUUGAAAAUUUAUCCUAGUUCGCAUUAAGAAUAACCAAUAAAGAAUAUUGAUUGUGUUUUUCAAAUGAUUUUGAAAUAAUUAUAUAGAUCGUCCUUGAUUUACGAGGGUAGCACUUAAUAGUCAGUAGGUAACAAGCCUGUGACCCUCGUUCCAAGAUUGAAUUGUAAUCUAGAAGUUGAUUUUUGUGGAGAGAGAAAAACCGGAGAAGCCGGAGAGAAACCCUUGAAGCAAAAGAGAGAACGAACGACAAGUUACUCGUACAAGUUACUCACACGUGAUAAGGUGUCCGAGGAUCGAAACCAUGGCAACGGCAACGAAUUAUCACUCAUGCUUCCCUUGCCAAUUUUCAUUUUUGUUUGUUAUUAUUUAAUUUUUAAUUAGCAGGAAGGAAUUGAAUAAUACUCAAGGGAAUGCCAUUUCGCUUCCUUUGAAAUAGGAAAACAAUCAUUACUUCAUUCUAUUAUAAUUACUUUUCAACACAUUCUUCGAUUCUGACUUAU